UACCUAGCUAACCAAACAAUAACUAAUUGUUAAUAUCGUGAUUAAUAAUUGGUCAUAUCUAAUCACAGACGUCAUUCCAUUCUUCUUGUCUUUCUCUUACCCGCGGAAAGGUGAUUCGAAAAGCGUGUUCCCGAACAACCUCAUUCAAACCUUGGGAUAUUUAUCGGGUUCUCUCCAUUUCCCUUUGAUUUUACGCCAAAAUCAGUGAAGAAAAGGGGGCAAAAUGUCAUACACCAUAGCAUACGAUACUUCAUCCGCGCCGUCAAAGGGCCGCGAGCUGGUCUCUUUCAUGGAGGAGUUCUACGCGACGAGCGACGACCCCGCAGCACACGAAAAGUAUGCGAGGAGCUUCACGCCAGAUGCGACGCUGAUUAUGGGACCGAAGGUUGGAAAGGGAUAUGACGAAAUCCUUGCGCUACGUCAUGGUCUCUGGACGCACGUAGCGUCGCGAAAGCACACUCCCGUCAAGGUCUUCUUCGGCGGAGAGAACGAGCUCAUGCUAUACGGCAAGGUUCUCUACACUCUCAAGGCCACUGGUAACCAGGUCGAGGUGCCCUGGGCCGGACGCGUGGAGUUUGCCUUCGACGAGGCUGGAGCUAAUCCCAAGAUGAAGUUCUACCAGGUGUAUCUGGACACUGCCUCUCAAUCGGGUAAAUGAGCGAGACAAUAGAUAUAUUCCCAUCAUCUCAAUGCUCCUCAUGAUUCCUCGCCUCCAUGAUAUGACGAUCGAUCAUGUGAAUGGCGUGGUUCC